CCAAACACAAUGCAUGGUAAAUUUUUCCAUGACAAUUCUUGGUGCUGUGACUUGGAUCCACAGCAUACCACCAGACCGGAGGGCUGCGGACCAUUCCCUUCCGGACCCAGGCCUAUCUAAAAGGUGAAAGAAGCACUACCCAAGGAUCCUGAGCAACCCUGCCAUUCGCUGGAACCAGGAGACUGUGUCUACAUAAAGGUCCAUCAGCGAAAGACUGCCCUGGACCCAUGCUGGAAAGGCCCGUACGAAGUCCUGUUAACAACCAACACCGCUGUGAAGUGCCAAGGAAUGACUGCCUGGACCAUGCUUCGCACUGCCAAAAGGCUCCUCCGCCACAAGAUGGCUCUCCGAUUAAUAAGCGGGCUAUCACUCCUGGUGCUGCUGUUCCUUCUGGACAGCAGAAGAAAAGGACAAGGAGAAGUGCUGGUAACCUUUCCCUUGUCCACUGACAAAACUACCAUGCAUCUGGAUUUUGCUGAAGGACCCAAAUCAUUACAGGAUGAUGUGCUAGUAACCUCUCCCCUGUAUAAUGCUAAACCACAACUGUUCCAAAAGAGAAAAAGAAACACUCGCACUGCUGAAACCCCCAAGGUCCAGGAAUUCCUGACGACAAAGGACAUUAAAAAUUGGCCCUGGUGGAGGAAACGGAGUAUUGUACAUUGGCAGGGAGGGACUUGUGGGAGCCAUGCUUGGGGAUGUGGUAUUGAUUGGGUCUUGGGGUUUAUUCCACAGGCUGCGCCGUGUGUUUUUGGGCAAGUACCAUCAGGAUGUACUGCCCUCCCUAAUUGGCUUCCGGAGGAUGAAUACCAAAAACGCCUUGCUGCCACAAACAUUAACCCCACCAUCCCCUCCACCUCUGCCACCACCCCCGAAAUUUACCCGAAUACAGAUAAUACUGUAUAUUCUACUGAAACCCAAUGGCCCAGACCUUCACAUCUUAGUACUUUACUAAAAUUUUGUUCAGAAAAAUUAUUUUUCAAAGUUCAGAAUAGUUCAUAUGAGCGAACAAUUGAGUGGAAAAUAAAUGGGUUGGUGGAAAUAGAAAUAUAUGAUAUCACUACAAAUGAGCCCCAGGAAUCAGAAAUUGAGAUUCAUGGGUUCUAUGACGGGGUAGAUAUGAUGGCCGUUCCUGGCAUUUGCAGUAUGAUAGAUGAAAGAGGCCCUUACUGUUAUUUGGUCACCCAAUUAGUGAAUAAUCAAACAAAUACCCAAAGAGUUUGUUCGGCCACCGGAAAGUUUACCUGUACUGAAAUAAUUCCAGUAACUAAUAAUUUAACAUGCACCAUAUUGCAGUAUACCCCUUCCUAUGCUAUUAAUGUUAAUGCCUCUCGGAAGUACAUAAAAGUGUUUAGCCAACAGAUAUGGUAUGGUACUUCACCAAAGAGGGAUGUGUUAGGAUAUCAUUGGACUCUGAUUAAUACUACUCUAGGAACUAUAAAAUUCACACUGCCCUUAUCCAGCUUCCAAGUCACCUCUACAUACCCUAAUUGCUCAAAAGGGGCUGCCAUUAGGUUAGCACAUCAAAGGGCCUGGGUUUCCUCUAGAAGAAAGAGGGACAUGGCCGGACACUUAUGGGAUGGUGCCAACAGCGCAGCUGCAAUUUGGAAUAUUUAUAAAGGCCAACAACAUGAAGAAAAAUUAGGACAAUUGGAAAAGGCCACAGGUCUUAUUACUGGAGCACAGUUAACUCAGGUGCAGGCUGGAGCUGGUGAAUUGCGCGUUAUUUCUGCCCUUAGUUCAGUGACACAGAAACUGCUGACAACAAUGGUGCUAAAUAUCACUGAGGCUGGGAAGGCCUUGCAGUGGGAUCUGGCAUGUUCAGAAAUUCAGGAUUUUCUGAACGACCAGCUGUUAGCCAUUCGGAGUGAUCUUGAGCAUCAGACGUGGCCCACUACUCUUACAGAUACUCCAGGAGUAUCAUCUGACCUAUGGCCCUGGAGACAUACUUGGAGAUUUUCUGGGUGGAAGUGCAGACAUUCACAAUGCUCCUUCCAAGCAUACGGACCGAUUGGAGGGCAGAAGGAGAAAGUGAGGAAAAUUCCGAAGUAA